CCACUAAAGUCCAAAAGUCGGUUGAAUUAUAAACCACAUUUUGUACUCCAACCCAACUCCACCAUACAAAAACGAAAAUUCCAGACCCAAAACCAGAAGCAAAAAUUUGCUAAUUCAAGCCAACAACACUGAGCUUUGAUCUCAAACCAAGUGUUUCUCUAAAGAUUUGAUGAUUUUUUUGGUGUCUGUGAUUCAUAAUCAUCAUUCUGCUUGAGGAUUUUACUCAGAUUCGAUGAGUAUGAGCUAUUUUCCUGGUAUUGAUUCUGUUCGACCUCCAACUGCUUCACUAAGAACUCCUGCUCCGCCUACUUCCACUUCUAAUUGUGUUGCUUCCUUCCCGGUCUCGGAGGAUGCGAGUAAGAAGAUCCGAAAGCCCUAUACUAUUACCAAGUCGAGAGAGAGUUGGACGGAGCAGGAGCACGACAAGUUUCUUGAAGCUCUUCAAUUAUUUGAUCGUGACUGGAAGAAGAUAGAAGCAUUUGUUGGCUCAAAAACAGUUAUCCAGAUUCGCAGUCAUGCUCAAAAAUAUUUUCUAAAGAUUCAAAAAAGUGGGAAAAGCGAGCAUGUACCUCCUCCUCGACCAAAGAAGAAAGCAUCUCAUCCAUACCCACAAAAAGCUCCUAAGAAUGCAACCACUCAGAGUCCUGGGAUGUAUCCACCUUUAUCUACUCCAUUUGAAUCAAGAUAUACUUACAUUCCAGACUCAACAGCAGGCUUUGGACUUCCCAGUCCACAUGCUUCUUGGAGCUGUAGUCCAGUGCCGUCCAUUGAUUUUUCCCAAGUACCCAAAGAUCGUGUAAAAUUAGCUGGACCAACAUCACAUAGUAGCAGUAGUGGGAGCACUUCACGGACAAGGAAAAUUGGAGAAAUUUCUGACCAAGGAGAUCAAAGCAUGCGAAACAUAGUAAUGCCAGAUUUUGCUCAAGUUUACAGCUUUAUUGGCAGUGUAUUUGAUCCCAGUGUGUCGGGUCAUCUUCAGAGAUUAAGGAAGAUGGACCCAAUAAAUUUAGAAACGGCACUGCUUUUAAUGCAAAAUCUUGCCAUCAACUUGAUCAGUCCAGAAUUUGAAAACCAUAGAAGACUGAUUUCAUCAUAUGAUGAGGACAUGAAGCAAGCUAAAGCUGGUAGCCUCUAUAACAGUCUAUACAAUGUCAGAUCACACAAUACCAUUCUAUCUGCUUAGAAAAUAAUAAGGUUCGGCACUCGGAGCAUUGUUCAUUUUUACUUCUUUUGGAAUGAAGCUAACCGAUCAAAAGCGUGCAAAACCAUUGCACGAUAGUAUCAAAUGAACUAGAAGUCAGGAAAGGAAGUUGAUCUUAUGGCAUAUUAUUGUAUAUGCUCAAUACAUUAUGUGGACAUAUAUUGAGCUAGUCGUGCUGGCGACCGUUCUCAACUAUAUCCUAUCCUUGUAAAUGGUUUGAAGUUGAUCAUAAAGCAGUGUAGAUAAAAGUGCUUUUAUUCCCUGUUUGUUCCCAGCGAAUCAUGUCGUGUAUAGAGUUGAGUGCCAUAUGCGAGGUUUCAUACUGUAUUACAUUGGUGUCUUGUAUAUUUAUUAAUAAUGUGAACAAGACCAUACCCUCCAUAAGAUUAGAUCAUAAAGUAAUCUUAUUUGUGAAUC